AUGAACAGUCGGUCCCUCGAUAUUGAUGCUGCUGCUGAGGGAACAUGUGACUGGCUGCUUCGGCACCAAAAAUUCACAAGCUGGGCCUCCUGUGAUCGAGGGCUCGUCUGGAUCAAAGGGAAGCCCGGCUCUGGGAAAUCGACGUUGCUGCGAUACCUUCUGGACCAUAUCAUAACCAUACCUAACACCGGAAAGGAAAAAUUAAUCCUCUCAUUCUUCUUCCACGGUCGUGGCACUGAACUCCAGAAGACGCCACUGGGUCUCUUCCGAUCGCUUCUCCACCAGCUCUUGCUCCAGGCCCCUGAGACCCUGACAGACCUUAUGAACAUAUUCCAACAACGGUGCAAAAUGGCUGGCAAGCCGGGUGAAAAGUGGCAGUGGCAUCCGCGCGAGCUGCCACGACUCUUCGAAUCAUCGCUCUCCAAAGUCUUGCGGACUCGUCCAGUUUGGUUAUUUGUUGACGCGUUAGACGAAUGUGGCCAAAGGAAUGCAGUUAAGCUGGUCCGGGACUUCAAGUCUCUGCUACAGGGACUAGCCUCUACUGAUUCACAGUUUCACAUCUGCUUCACUUGCCGCCACUACCCGAUUCUAGGCCAGACUUGUCAGUUCGAAAUAUGCCUGGAGGAGGAGAACAGACAGGAUAUUUCGACCUACGUGCGAGCGCAGCUUUCUCUAUCCCGUGAGCUAACAGCAUCUACAAUCCCGGAUUUAAUUACAAAACAUGCCCAGGGUGUUUUCAUAUGGGCAUAUCUCGUGGUAGAUCGAAUCCUGGGCCUUAAUAAUGAAGGAGAAGGAUUGAAAAGGAUUGAAAAGGAGAUCUAUUCCAUCCCUCCGGAGCUAGAUGACCUCUACAACGAACUCAUCCGAAAUAUGGACGAGAGACCAGCUUCUCUCAAACUGAUUCAGUGGAUCUGCUUUUCUGUGCGACCCUUGUCACUAGACGAAUUGCGAUGGGCCAUGAUAAUCGAUGCCGAUUGCCCUAGCAAGUCAUUACAGGAAUGCAAGAACAUGGAAGAUCAUAUAUCAGACAGUGACAGAAUGAACAGGCGAGUUCAAACGCUCAGCUGUGGCCUCGUCGAGGUGACAUCAGAUGCGAAAGUUGUACAGUUCAUCCACCAGUCCGUCAAGGAUUUUUUUCACCGAGAAAGGCCUUUCGGCUAUGAGUGA